AUGCAUGGUUUGACGGACCAUCUUCUUCAGCUCCUUGUACAGCACUGGAUCUCUGUGACAUGCAUCAGUCUGACUGUCUGGCUGCUCAAGAAUCGAUAUCACAAUGGUCUGAACAAGUAUCCCGGUCCGCUCGUCGCAUCGGUCACAGAUUGGUGGCGGUUCAUCGAUGUUUAUGGCCGUAGACCCGAGGUGACCCAUCGGGCGUUGCAUCGCAAGUAUGGCGACGUUGUGCGCCUCGGACCAAACGUGCUGUCUUUCUCCAGCCCUCGGGCGCUCAAGUCCAUCUACGGACUGAACAAGGGGUUCAUCAAGUCGGACUUCUACGUGGUUCAACAAUCCGUCGCCGGAGGUCAUCGUCUGCCGUCCCUGUUCAGCUCGACGGACAACGAUUUCCACGCACGGUUCCGUCGUUGUGUGAACUCGGCCUUUGCCAUGUCCGCUCUGGUGCAGUACGAGCCUUUUGUAGACAAUACCACCAAGCUCUUCCUGGAACGGACAAGAGAGUUGUUCGUCAACAACUCGGCCGGGUGCAAUUUUACCGAGUGGCUGCAAUUUUACGCCUUUGAUGUCAUUGGUGAAAUCACGUACAGCAAACGGCACGGUUUCAUUGAAAAAAACGAGGAUAUCGAUGGAAUCGUGGCCUAUCUCGCCCGACAGUUCCUCUACGUUGCACCGAUUGGUCAAUUGCCCUUUUUGGACCGCCUGCUUCAAAAGAAUCCCAUCUACCUGAAGCUGGCGCAAAAGGGCUACUUCGACGUCACCUUCCCCGUCGCCCGAUUUGCCAGUGAUCGCAUGGCUGAGAGACUGCCCGAGCUGGCCAAAGGAGUUUCGGCCACCGAAUUGGGCGUCAAAUCUCCAGAUCUCCUGUCCAAGUUCCUCGCCGCUCACGAAGCGCACCCAGAGUUUAUGAAUGAAAGUCUCGUCCGAACCAUGGCCGUCAGCAUGGCCUUUGCCGGCUCCGAGACCACCGCCAUCAGUCUCUCGGCUGUCUUUUACUUCCUGUUGAAAACGCCCUACGCCCUGGAACGUCUCCGGCAAGAAAUCGACGAUGCCGCACGCGAAGGUGCCUUUUCCGACUCCGAAACCGGCCUGGUUACCUGGCACGAGAGUCAGCGUCUGACAUACUUGGAUGCCUGUAUCAAAGAAGCUUUCCGACUGCAUCCCGCCGCGGGUCUUCCUCUGGAACGUAUUGUUCCAAAACAAGGAGCCGAGAUCGAUGGCCACUUUGUGCCCGGCGGCACCAUUGUCGGUUGUUCGGCUUGGUUGAUUCACAUGGACAAAGAGACCUUUGGCGACGAUGUUGAAUCUUACCGUCCCGAGCGAUGGUUACCCGACGAGACGCGCUGUCAAACCGAAAGUGGACAGGAGGCAGAACUGCGUCGGAUCAAGGAGAUGAACGGCACCAUGUUCCAAUUCGGAAUGGGCAGUCGAACCUGCAUUGGGAAAAAUAUUAGCUUGCUUGAGAUUUACAAGCUUGUACCCAGCAUGUUACGACGCUUUGAUAUUCAAUUCCAAGAUCCUUCCCAGGAAUGGCAGCUCAUCAACGCAUGGUUUGUCAAACAACAAAAUUUCACCACCACCUUUAAGCUCAGAGAUAUUGUGACCCCCGAGGGCGGAGUUGUGACUACAGUUUGA